CCGGGCUUUCUGAGACCUUUGUGGAGCGGGCUGCGGCACCCGCGGGGACGGCGGCCGGGAGGAGGGUGCGGCCCUCGCUCCCAGUUCUGAUUCCCCGAUCCGGGCGGCGCAAUGCGCUACAACGAGAAGGAGCUGCGGGCUCUCUCCCGGCAGCCGGCCGAGAUGGCGGCAGAGCUGGGCAUGCGGGGUCCUAAAAAGGGCAGUGUGGCCAAGCGGAGACUGGUGAAGCUGGUGGUCAACUUCCUCUUCUACUUCCGCACCGACGAGGACGAGCCGCUCGGAGCCUUGCUGCUGGAGCGCUGCAGAGUGACCCAGGAAGAGCCCGGUGGCUUCUCCAUCAGUUUCCUAGAGGACCCAGAAAGGAAGUAUCAGUUUGAGUGCUGCAGUCAGGAGCAGUGUCAGGAGUGGAUGGAAGCUCUGCGAAGGGCCAGCUACGAGUAUAUGCGGAAAAGCCUCAUCUUCUACAGGAACGAGAUCCAGAAGAUGACAGGCAAGGUGUGUUGGGGGCUAGAGGUGACUGGCAGCCUUCCCAGGCCUGGCUCAAAACCACCAUGUCCACCCCCACAGGACCCCCUGGAGCAGUUCGGCAUCUCUGAGGAGGCCAGGUUCCAGCUGAGCAACUUGCCAAGGGAGGGGCAGUCAGCGCGCAUCAGUUCCCAGGUGGAUGAGCUAGACUGACCUUCUGCUGGGUCCCCUGUCUUAGGUUUCCUGGCUUUCUGGGUCUGUGAUGGGAGGUGUUUUUGGCUUAAAGAUGUUCAAAGCCCAAGGUUGGGUAGGAGUGGGCAAGGGCUUCAGUUUUUGGAGAAACAACUCAGUGAGCGCCCCUCUUCUGUGCCUUGGGUCCCACCUCGUGGGUCUGGUAUCUCAGUGUCAUGUACCACUGCCAGCUUGGGUGUGCCCAUUGAAAGAGGGCCAGGAGAGCAUGUGACUAGCACAGCUCUCCUGUACCCACCCAAUGUACAAAGUUACGUGAAGCUGUGAAUGGUGAGGGGGUCUUCCCUUAGCCAGCUGUGAACUCCUGCUGAUGGGGUGGCCCUGGCAUUGGUUCUUGGGCUGCCCAGCUCGCUCUGUUCAAUAAAGGUACCUCUUUUCCAAUUGGCCGG